UCGGCGCACGCUCUUCGCUGGACGGGCUGGCCAUUGCACGCUUGGAGCAUCACGUCUCCGAUGCGGGUUGACUGCUCGGUAGUCGCACCCACGCCGUCAAACCAAGGCGUGUGGCUAAAGAGUGUUAUCGGCGGCCUCCAGGUUGUUAUAGUGCCAAUUACAUAUGCACGCUGCGAGGGACUCCUCUAUUGCUAUAGCACCUUGCAGAGCCGGAGCAAGCACAAUGACUCCCCGACCUGGCUGGCCACCCUGCGACUUGGGCAACGCAAUUUCCCAUCAUACCCUACGGAAAAAGCCACUCGGGGCGAAGCCAAGGAGGUGGCCGCAGCACGGGCAGUCUCGGAGCUUGGGCUUCACCAACAAGAGGAGGAAGGGCAACCCCGCGGCUUUGAUCGGGGGCUAGAGCCAGAGCAGAUCAUCGGUGCUACGGACUCUAGUGGGGAGCUCAUGCUCUUGAUAAAAUGGAAAAACAGGACUCCUGUGACUCCUGCCUCGAACCCGAAGAAUUAUCGGUCUCGGUGCGCGGUUUGACUAGCAUUGUGCUUGAUAAACCACACGGAAUACUCAAGGAAGGUUUUGAGCCUCAGUACAAGGAGAUUUACUCAGAACAGUUUUCAGGGAACUGGUGUGAGCACUUAGUGAAGUCCAAUGCCGUUCACACAGAAAUGAAAAACCUGUGCAUAGUUUACCCUCUUAGUGUCGCUAAGACUGAACCCACAAGAUCGAAGGCUGCACCCGAUCAGGAACUUUUGAAGAACGGCCACAGCUCCGACAUCUCGACCGGCUCACCCACCAGCUCCGCCGGAGAACCAUGUAUCAUCUCCGAGUAUGUGGAUGUGUUCAUAUCAUGCGUGGCAAGCACUACCAAGGUGUACUUCAGAUUUAUCGAGUACGAAGAGGCGUACACCAAACUACUUCAGGAGAUGACUGCAUUCUUCACGAGUGGGCCAUCUUCCACGAAAAUCGCCGAUUCUCCUGAGGUGGCCAAGCUGUACGCCACUUGUUACAACGGUCGAUGCCUGCGAGUGGAGCCGCUCAGGAACGCCGAGAAAGGGAAGGUGGAGUGCUGCUUCGUUGAUGAGGGAAACAGCCUCUCAUCUGUGUAGAAGAUCUGUGGGAGCUUCCUGAGCACUUCGUAGAGCUCGCCCAUCAGGCUGUUGAAUGUGAGCUGGAUAGGCUCGCCGAGUGCGCGGACUGCGACGGUGCUGUCGACAUCCGCCUCCACUAUUACUUUUCGCAAGCAUGCUUGCGAUGCGCAAUUAUUGAUUUAUUAAUAAGUUAUGCUGCACGUUCGCAACACGAUUUCGCAUGCGUUAUUUUUAGAUGCACUUUCUCGACAUUACAGUAUGUAAUAUAUACUGUUAACGUAUAAUUUUUGUAUGUAUAAUUGUGUGUUAUCAUUAUGUAGAUAUGUCGCCCAAUUGUAAUCCUAUCUCUUAUGUAAUACGUUUUGUGAGCUGGAUAGGCUCGCCGAGUACGCGGACUGCGACGGUGCUGUCGACAUCC